AUGGAGGCAGCGGACAAAUCAAACACCACGAUUGACCUGCCUGACAAAGAAGAGUGUGACGUCGAUUUUGACGGGUUUGUUGUUGAUCGGGUGCCAGAUGUCCUCGCCUUUUUCACGUUUGUCACCACCACCACCUCCACACCUCAUUACUCAUCCGCCAUGACUCGAUCCGCCUGGAAAGGUCCAUUCUUCGUCGCCCUCCCCGGUCUCAGACAGGCCCUGACCCAGAACAUCCCUGUCCGCACCAACGCCCGCGCCUGCACCAUCAUCCCCUCCUUCGUUGGCCUCAAGUUCCAAAUUCACAAUGGCAAGGACUACACCCCUCUGACCGUCACCGACGAGAUGGUCGGCCACAAGCUCGGAGAGUUCGCCCCCACCAGGAAACGCUUCUCCUACCGUCAGACCAAGAACCGUUAA